UUGAAGGGAAAAAGCUCCAUCUCCCUUGAGAACUAUAAGAGUAACCAAAUUCAAAGCAUCAUUCCUCUUUGAUUAUUCCACUCUCUCUCUCUAAGCUUUAAGAGGGGCGGGGGAAGAGAGAAGUUGACUCUUUCUUUUCGAAAGCGGUCUGCUCUGCGUCUCUUUCUUCCUCAAAUUCUGUGAAGGAAAGCCGUUCCUCUCUACGUCCUGGUCCAUUUGAUGUGUCUUUGAGUGAGAAGAGGCUUGCUUUCCUUCCUCAAUUCCCUUCCCCUCCCCCCUCUCUUGUAGGAGAAUGAAAGAGCUGAGUUCCGUAUGAUCAUUUGUCUGCUACCUCUGGAAAGAAUACAAUUCGGUACAAAAUUUGUUUCUCUGAGCUUUAGUUCCGUCCUGUGGCUAAUAGAGAUGUUUGGGUGCGGGUGUUUUUGCUGGAGCAGCUUCCCUGAAUUCUGUUCGUCCGAGCCAGAGCUGUUCUCUCUGCCAUCGCCUCUUCCUCAAUGGCCACCGGGUGGUGGUUUUGCUAAUGGUAGAAUAUGCCUCGGGGAAAUAGAAGUCUUGAAAAUAACCAAGUUCGAAAGAGUUUGGAGCUGCGCUCACCUGCGAGGAACGCCCCAGGGUUUCACAUUUUAUAGACCAGUGGAGAUUCCUGAUGGCUUUUCCUGCCUCGGUCACUACUGCCAAUCCAACGAUCAGCCAUUGAGAGGUUAUGUUCUUGCAGCCCGUGAAGCUUCUUCUCCUGAAACUGAAGUUAAUUACAACUCUUCAUCGUUAGAUAAUCCAGCUCUUAAAAAGCCUCUUAACUAUUCGCUGAUAUGGGGUGCUGAUUCACCACAUGAUGGAUGUGGUUACUUUUGGUUGCCAAACCCUCCUGUUGGUUAUAAAGCCAUGGGUGUAGUAGUCACUAGCAAACCAGAUGAACCUCAAAUUGGAGAAGUUAGAUGCGUGCGAGCAGAUCUUACAGAAACCUGUGAGACUCAUGAUUUGUUCCUAACAGUAUACUCAAAAUUGUCAAAAAAAUUAUUUCAGGUUUGGAACACAAGACCCUGCAAAAGGGGUAUGCUGGGUAGAGGUGUCUCUGUCGGGACAUUCUUCUGCAGUACUUUCUUUGAUUCUGAACAAGUGUUAGAUAUCGCAUGCUUGAGGAAUCUUGAUUCCACUUUACAUGCAAUGCCAAAUCUAAACCAGAUUCAUGCACUGAUCCAGCAUUACGGACCCACGGUUUACUUCCACCCCGAUGAGAUAUAUAUGCCAUCGUCAUUGCAAUGGUUUUUCAAAAAUGGAGCACUCCUGUAUACAGAAGGUGGCGAGAAGGGCAAGGCCAUAGAUUAUCAGGGAUCAAACUUACCUUGCGGAGGAACAAAUGAUGGAGCUUUUUGGAUAGAUUUGCCAAGUGACGAGGAUGCCAGACAGAAUCUGAAGAAGGGAAACAUGGAGACAGCAAAGCUCUAUGUUCACGUAAAACCGGCAUUAGGAGGUACUUUUACUGAUAUUGUGAUGUGGAUUUUUUGUCCCUUCAAUGGUCCCGCCACAGUUAAAGUGGGACCAAUGAACAUUGCUAUGAGCAAGAUCGGAGAACACGUGGGUGAUUGGGAACACUUCACGCUCCGAGUGAGCAACUUCACCGGAGAGUUAUGGUCAGUGUUCUUCUCUCAACAUAGUGGAGGCGAAUGGGUAAAUUCAUUCAACCUGGAAUAUAUUGAGGGGAACAAAGCCAUUGUGUACUCCUCAAGAAACGGGCACGCUAGCUACCCUCAUCCUGGGACUUACCUUCAAGGCUCAUCCAAACUCGGAAUAGGAAUACGCAAUGAUGCAAGCAGAAGCAAGUAUUUCGUGGAUUCAAGCGUCGAAUACGAGAUUGUCGCUGCAGAGUAUCUUGGUGAUGGAGCCAUUGCAGAGCCAAAUUGGCUGCAGUAUAUGAGAGAGUGGGGGCCUACAGUAGUGUAUGAUUCCCAUUCCGAAAUAGAGAAGCUAAUUAAUAUGCUCCCGUUGUUUGUCAGAUUUUCUUUGGAGAACAUACUAGAACUAUUUCCUACAGAGCUUUAUGGGGAGGAGGGGCCAACUGGUCCGAAGGAGAAGAAGAACUGGGAAGGAGACGAGAUAUGCUAGUGCUGUGCUGUCUCACUCGUGACUAUCUUCAUUCCCGUGUAACUGUUGUUGUUUUUCUUCCCCCACGUGAGUAUGCGUUGCAAUGCCUUUAGAAGGUCCUGUGUCUGUGUAUUGUAUUGGUGUUGUGAGUGUGUUAGGGGUUGUGUUCAGUGUUCUCCCUCCGGGCAGAGUGAACCGGAUCAGACAACACUUGGUAAUGCAGGGGAACAUAUCCUCAAGUGUGGAUUUUUCUAAAUCAAUUCUUACUGAGCAAGGAGCAAGAAUCUGUGAUUCGCAGUGGUUAUUUUACAUUCGUAGUACUUAAUUUACCCGCCAUCCCUCACGUCAUGGCUU